AUGGCUGACCGAGGUGGUCGUGGUGGGCGAGGCCGGGGAGGCCGUGGUGGUGGCCGUGGUGGUGGCCGCGGCGGCCCUUCUGGUUUCUCUGACUCUAGAGGUGGAAGAGGACGAGGCGAUGGCUUCCAGGGCAGAGGUCGUGGUGAUGGAAGCCGUGGUGACUUCCGAGGCGGCUUCAGCGGCCCUAGUGGCGGUCGUGGAAGAGGAGGACCACGAGGUGGUCGUGGCGGCCGAGGCGGCUUCGGUGGUCAGCCCGAAGGGCCUGCUGUCUUCACCAUGGGAAAAUCUAUUCCCCAACCAGAUGGCGCCAUUGCACAGCUUGAAGAUGAAGUGGUGAAAAGCCAGGCCAUAUCUGUCGCUCAGCUCACCUCCAACAUGGGCAACCUGUCAAUGGAAGAUAAACAGAACCUCGGAAAGUUCCCUCCGCGACCUGCCUUUGGCAGUAAAGGAACCCCAGUCACACUCUGGACGAACUACUAUCAGGUCAAAACUCAAACUCCCGUCCUCUACAAAUACACGAUGACUGUCAAGGAAAUUGUUCCCGAAGGACAGGAAGAGACAAAAGAGCGCGUCCCCAAGACUAAGGGUAAGGGAGGCAAGCCUACAAAGUCUCGAGAGUCUGGUCCUCGCGAGGUCAAGGGCCGUAAGCUCUACCUUGUCAUCAAAGAAGCCCUCAAUGAACUCUCCAAGAAGGACAAGAACUUGCUCCUUGCGACUGAGUUUAAGUCACAGCUUAUCUCGUUGCGCAAACUCAAGCUUGAGCAAAACAACACCAUACGCUUCAACAUGCCCUCUUCAGAAGGCUCCGAAAAGACAGAUGUCUUCGAAGUUGUUUUCAAUGGCCCUGUAGAGGCUCGUGUUGACGAGAUGCUCAAAUACGUCAACUCAAAGACUGGCGCUUCGGAUGAUGGCAGCGAUCCUUCCCAGGCCAUGACCUACCCCAAGUUCCCUGAUGUCAUUGAUGCCCUGAAUGUCAUUUUCGGCUUCGGCCCACGGUCAAAGCUUGACGAGAUCAGCGCUGUGGGAAGCUCGCGCUUCUUCGCAUUCGGGAGCGAGAGCCGCCGAAACGAGGUGAUCUUGGGCAGACUCAGAGCUUUGAAAGCUGCGCGCGGCUACUUCCAAUCCGUCCGCUUGGCCACUGGCCGCCUUCUCUUAAACGUCAAUGCCACUCAUGGUGUCUUCAAGAUUGAUGGUCCCUGUGCCGCCUUCUUUGAUGGGUUCGGUGUUCACGCAACUCCGUCAUCUGAGAUGGCCAGAAAAUUGAAACUGCUCAACAGAUUUCUUCCCAAGACCCGCGUCUGGAUAAAGACCAAAUACGGGAGUAAGGAGGUUCGAAGAUCCAAGGCAAUUCAUGGCUUGGUGUCGAUCCGCGACAUCAACAAACAAUGUCGCGAUAAGACUCCCAAGUUCCGCCAUGGGACAGAUUUUGUGGUUGGACCAGGAGAUGUUAGCUUCUGGCUGGAAGAUGAGGGUAACAGCCGGUACAUUACCGUCGCGGAUUUCUACAAACAGAAGUACAACGUCAACCUGAAAAACUACCCCCUUUUCAAUGUUGGCACUGCCGCAAAGCCUACCUUUGUCCCUGCCGAGUUUCUCGAGAUCCAGCCUGGGCAGUCAGUAAAGGCUAAGCUCACCGGCGCCGAGUCAACUGACAUGGUGAAUUUUGCUUGCCGAACCCCAUAUGCCAACGCUCUCUCGAUUACCACGGAUGCCCGAGAAACCCUCGGGCUUGACGAUGACGCACUGGGUCAUUUCGGCAUUCAAGUUGGUCGACAACUCCUCACGGUUCAAGGACGCGUUCUGGCCGUGCCUCGAGUUGCAUACCUCGACCAACAGAAGAGAGCCAAGACUGUCGACCCGCGCAAUGGAGCCUGGAACCUCAAAGAUGUCAAGGUUGUCAAGCCCGGCCAACCCGUCAAGAAAUGGACCUAUAUCAACAUCCUGUCCAGCCCUAGAUCUGAACCCGUGGGAUCUCAGUCAGUUAUUGCGUUCUCCCAGUUCAUGAGGAAGACCAUGAACAUUGCCGUUAAUGACCCUGUUCCGCUGAAACCCGACUAUGCCAACAGCCAGGAUGUCGAAAAGGUAUUCGUUUGGGCCCAGAAAAACCAAGUUGAGAUUAUUCUUGUGAUUCUUGACUCAACUGAUUCGGAAAUGUAUGGCAGGAUCAAAACCUUGGGCGACUGUACUUAUGGUAUUCAUACCAUCUGCGUUCAGGGUUUUCAGCUGCGUAAGGAAAAUCCCCAGUAUUUCGCGAAUGUUGCUCUCAAGUGGAAUCUGAAGACUGGCGGUGUCAACCACAAACUUCACAAUGAGGUCGGCCUGAUCAAGGAGGGCAAGACAAUGGUGGUUGGCUACGACGUUACACACCCCACCAACAUGUCUGCCGACAAGAGUGAUGCUGCACCCAGCUUGGUUGGCUUAGUGGCAACUGUUGACCGGGACAUGGGACAAUGGCCAGCCUACUCCUGGGAGCAGUCAUCCAAGCAGGAGAUGCUUGAUGAGACCUUGACUGAGGCAUUCAAGUCGCGCCUUGAGCUUUGGCAAAAGCACAACCGACAGGAGUUGCCAGAGAAUGUUGUCAUCUUCCGCGACGGUGUGUCCACUGGCCAGUUCGCCCAGGUUCUUCGCACAGAAUUGCCACGCAUCCGCAUUGCGUGCAAUGGCAAGUACCCGAAGAACAAGGCUCCGAAAAUCUCCAUCAUUGUGUCUGUCAAGCGACACCAAACUCGCUUUUAUCCCACCUCCGAAGAAAACGCAAUGGAGAAAAACCACAAUAUCCAAAACGGCACGGUCGUCGACCGCGGUAUCACGGAGGCUCGCUACUGGGACUUUUUCCUCACCGCCCAUGCAAGCAUCAAGGGCACUGCCCGUCCUGCGCACUACACAGUGCUUCUUGACGAGAUCUUCCGAUCCAAGUUCAAGAGCGAGGCAGCCAACGAGCUUGAGAAGUUCACUCACGAGCUCUGCUAUUUGUUCGGGCGGGCCACCAAGGCUGUGAGCGUUUGCCCUCCCGCCUACUAUGCUGACAUUGUCUGUACUCGCGCUCGAGCUCAUCGCCCCGAGUUCUUCGAGGAGACUGACGGGGAGAGCGUCAUCACUGCUGGAUCAGCCGCUAAGGGCAAGGCAAUCCACCCCAGACUGAUCAACUCCAUGUACUAUAUCUAAUGUGCUGUGGCUCGUGGAGACUUUGUGCACAUUUCUUUCUGGAAGUCUAUGGGCUUAUGGAUGGGAGAUAUGUUGUCUUUCUGGAGGAUCGUCGUUUGGUGAGCUGAUAGAGGGACAUUGUUUUGCUUUUCAGUUGGGCAAUACCAGAAACACGAGGGUGUUUUUUUAUAGCGAUUUUAGUAUCAUUUCUCUACAUGGAAAAUAGCGAGG